CAUGGUGAAAACCCUCCAUGGACAAAACCGAGUGACAGACUGCAACUCUCGGCUCGGCAACCCUAGCCAGUUAGUUACCACAGCUCCCGUCUACGUCUUGCGGCUCCUUACUUGGAACUGCCAGGGUAUCAUUUACCGAAGUAUUUACAGUUCCUACCAACCAUUCCAUCGCGGCCUUGGGCUCUGAACUAUUCAAUCCCUCCACCCUUCACUCACAAAACCAAUCGGUCCGGCACUUACUGGCACGCACGCCCUAGCUAGCAAAAUGUGGAGACCGGGCAACUGGUCCUCCUCCUCCCUCUCACAGCAGCAGCAGCAACCACCCCCACGUCCACCUUCACCCCCAAACAACAACAACCUCGCCCCACAGCUCCGAAACUAUGCUCCCAGUCCACUCGGACGAUGGCCCAACGCCUCUGCUGUGCGGCCCGCGCUGUCCCACAGAUCCAGCAUGAUGAGCCUCGCCGGAGGGAACACACCCAACGCGUCGACGGUGUCCUUACCGAUCAAGGGGAACCAACUGGGGUAUCGAAAGGCAGUUUCGGCCCCGGCGCCGCCGGGAGUUAGGAAUCCGCUGAAUGUUCUGGAGGGGAUACUCGGUGCGCCUCUGGUGACGGGGAAAGGCGAGGUGUGGAUGCCGGAGGCGCGGGAUGCGGAGAAUGUAGCAUUUGCUGGGCUGAGUCUGGACGAGUUUGUUAUGAAGGCAGAGGAGGAGCUUGGGAGUGCGGUGGGGAGGAAGAGGGAGUAUAAUGAGCAAUCGGUUGGGGAAUAUGAGAAAGAGAAGGAUAAAUUCCAGGACCUGCACCGCAGCAUCACCGCGUGCGACGAGGUGCUGAAAUCUGUCGAGUCGUAUCUAUCCGCGUUUCAGGUCGAUCUAGGUACAGUCAGCGGCGAGAUUGAGACUCUUCAGAACCGGUCGAUGAGUCUCGACAGGCAACUUGGAAACCGGAAGGCGGUUGAAAUGAUGCUCGGGCCGAUCGUGGAUGAUCUUAUACUGCCGCCUAACGAUGUUAGGCGGCUGGUCGAGGGCGAUGUUAAUGAUACUUGGGUUAAGGCUCUACAUGAUACGGAUAGGAGGAUCAAGGCAAUCGAAUCCAAAGACCCGGCAAAAGUGAAAGCUGUGCAGGAGGUUCAGCCGGAGCUGGAGAAGAUCACACAUAAGACUAUUGAAAGAGUGCGAGAUUUCUUCGUGUCUAGAAUCAAGGCUUUGCGGAUACCGGGUGCCAAUUCGCAGCUCAUCCAGCAGCAGGGUUUCCUACGAUACCAAGAGCUAUUCCAAUUCAUGGCGAACCAUCAUGCACAGCUAGCAGAGGAAAUCGCUCAGGCGUAUACAAACACCAUGCGGUGGUACUACUCGACGCACUUUCAACGAUACCACAAGACGUUUGAGAAGUUGAAGCUGCACGUAAUGGACAAGAAUGACGUGCUCGGUCAGGAAGAGGCAGCACGGAAGGGUGGUCUCAUCCCUGGUCUUAAGGGGUCCGUGGCGGCGACGUACGAUCCAUUCAACAUCGGUCGACGAAUUGAGAUACUCCGCAACCGCACAGCUCCCAUUAUGGCGGCCUACCAAGCCGAAGACGAUAGGACUACACACUACCUGGAAUUUCACUUCCGCCACUUCAACACGGCGUUGAUGGAAAACUGCUCAGCGGAGUACACCUUCAUCAGCGAAUUCUUCUCACACAAGAAGCACGACCAGUUAUCCCACAUGUUCAACAGUAUCUUCGAGCAAACCUUCGCCCUUGGAAGAGCCUUCACCAAGACCCUCGUCGACAACACUUACGAUUCUCUUGGCAUCCUCCUUUGCGUAAGGCUAAACCAAUAUGCCCUCUUUGAAAUGCAAAAGCGUCGCAUCCCCGCUGCCGAAGGUUACCUUAACGCAACCAACAUGCUUCUCUGGCCUCGCUUCCAGCUAGUGAUGGACGCGCAGUGCGAGUCGCUCCGCCGAAAUAUCAACAAUACUCGCAUGCUCGCCGCCGUCUCCGGUCCCGCUGCGAAGCAAAGUGCCGCGCCACAUUUCCUAACCCAACGCUUUGCGAGCUUACUACAUGGACUGCUUUCGCUCAGCGCCGAGGCGGGAGAUGAUGAGCCUGUACAACGGAGUCUCGGAAGGCUCAGAAGCGAUUUUGAAGCGUUCCUCACGAAGCUAAGCAGUGGUAUUAGUGAUGCUAGGAAGAGGGAGCGGUUCCUGCUGAACAAUUAUUCGCUGGUCUUAACGAUUAUCUCCGAUACGGAUGGCAGGCUGGCAAUCGAGCAGAAACAGCAUUUCGAACAGCUGAAGAAGACGUUUCAAGAGUAGUACCUAAUGUAGUGGAAGGCGGAUGGAUGAUACCCGGGUGGUGCAUAUUGUUGAUAGUUAUCAGCAUACGAAUUUGGCGUUUUUGGGCGUUUUGUUGCGUUUUUCUUUGUAAACGUUAGGAUUUCCUAUGAGGAACUUUGGACUGCAUGAGAGAGAGAACAUCAAUUAUACUCCGCAUACAGUCUUUCUUUGGACUGUAUGGAUUGAACGAG